AUGUCUGCUUGCCCCUCCCUGCGCCACCGUGCCCGCGGUCACCGUGGCCCUUCCCCGACCCCACCCAGGGCCCGGACUCACGGCAGCCCCUCUGCGCCCUCCCCCGGGUUGUCCCGCGCUCGGAGCGUCGAUCCCGGGACCCCCGCACGUGGGCAUCAGGCCCGGAAGGCGCGUCCCGCAGCCGCAGGGGGGGCUGGCGGCCCGGCUUCGGCCGGUGAGCUCCCCCCGCUCCGCCCCCCACUCUGCUUCCCGCACCCCAGUUCCAGCUUCCAGCCUCGGCCGCGACUCCCGGUCGGCCGUUCCGGGCGCCCACCGGCCCGCGCGUCCCGGGAGCGCCGCAGGCACGAGACGAGCGGAGCCAAGAGCCCCCGGGCGGCCCUUCCGGACCCGCGGCCGCCCCCGGGAGCGCCUCCCCCUGGCGGGCCCGCGGGGAGCCCGGGCACGGCGACGUGGCUGACCCACAAAGCCCCCGGCCCGGCGGUCAGGCCUGGGCGCGCGCGGCGCGGGGCGGGCCGGGGGUGUCGGGUGUCACCCCCAGCGCACACCUCGGCCGAGGGGCGGGGGAGCGAACCACUGAGAUGCGGAGACCUCCCCGGUCCUAGAGCGGAGCAGGAAGUGUCCCAGGGGAGGGAGCCCGAGGGCUCCGGCCUUUCCUUCCCGCGGCGUCCGGCGGGCUCCGGCGGCGAACGGCCUGCGCGCCCGCCAACAGGGACGCGCGGCGGCGGCGCCUCCAUCUGCCCCCGAGCCGAGCGCGGCUUUCCGGAUGAGCGAGAGACGCGGUGUGGACGCGCCGGGAGAGGAGCCGGGCGCCGGCGGAGACCCCGCCUCAGCAAGUCCGCCCGGCAGGGCGCGCGGGGAGGAUGCGGAGGGCUGCGCUGGACUUCCGCCGCCGCGGGGGGGCUUUCGGCCGGGCGCCGCGAGGGAGCCGGAGGCUGUGAGGCGUCUCCUCCGGCCUCCCACGCGCCAGGUGCCGCGGUGACAAAGACGGACGCGGCCGUCUGGUCGGAGACGACCCGAGCGGGAGCUGGCGGCCGGGCGGGCGCCGGUGCGCGGGGGGCGGCGCGAGCGGUCCCGGGCGCCGCAGCUCUAUUUGUAAAGGUCUUAAGAGCAAGUACAGUGACUUCAGCUUCAAACCUUCAAGAUAGUGGCCUGCUUGCCCUGCCCAUCUCGGGUCUCUCCAGGAGGACCCAGCCACUCAAGAAACGACCGCAGGAGACCAGAACACUGAAGCCAGUGAUUUCUGUUUGGAAAUAGGGUCGUCUUCUGCCGCUGACCCCCAUCAAAUCCCAUCAUGCCCACAGCCCUGUGCCCCC